AUGAUAUCUCGAGCGGCGGCUCCUUCGUCUUCACCCCUCGCCACACUUUCGUCCCGCUCACUCCGGCUCCAGGCUCCGGCCGCCCGCUCGUUCGCGACCGUCCAGGACAAUUCCCCCCCGGUACACCAUCAUGGCGGUCUGAAGGACCAGGACCGCAUUUUCACGAAUCUUUACGGACACCAUGGCGCCGACUUGAAGUCAGCCAUGAAGUAUGGAGACUGGUACAGGACUAAGGAUAUUGUGUUGAAGGGUCAUGACUGGCUUAUUUCAGAACUCAAGGCCUCUGGUCUACGUGGUCGUGGUGGUGCUGGUUUCCCGUCUGGUCUGAAAUACUCGUUCAUGAACUUCAAAGACUGGGACAAGGACCCCAGACCCCGAUACCUAGUUGUCAACGCCGAUGAAGGUGAACCCGGAACCUGCAAGGAUCGUGAGAUUAUGCGAAAGGACCCGCAAAAGCUGAUCGAGGGUUGUUUGGUUGUCGGCCGUGCCAUGAACGCCAACGCCGCCUACAUCUACAUCCGAGGUGAAUUCUACCACGAAGCUACCGUCCUCCAGCGGGCCAUCAACGAAGCCUACCAGGCAGGCCUGAUUGGCAAGAACGCCUGCGGAACCGGCUACGACUUCGACGUAUUCGUCCACCGUGGAAUGGGCGCCUACGUCUGUGGAGAGGAAACCUCUCUUAUCGAAUCCAUGGAAGGCAAGGCCGGCAAGCCUCGUCUUAAGCCCCCAUUCCCCGCUGCCGUUGGUCUCUUCGGAUGCCCCAGUACCGUCACCAACGUCGAGACAGUGGCCGUGACACCAGCAAUCAUGCGCCGAGGUGGUAACUGGUUCGCCGGAUUCGGUCGUGAGCGCAACGCAGGAACUAAGCUCUUCUGUAUCUCUGGCCACGUUAACAACCCAUGCACAGUCGAGGAAGAGAUGUCCAUCUCUCUCCGUGAGCUGAUCGACCGCCACUGUGGUGGUGUUCGUGGUGGCUGGGACAAUCUUCUCGCCGUUAUCCCCGGUGGUUCCUCAACACCCGUCAUCCCCAAGACCGUCUGCGACGACCAGCUCAUGGACUUUGACGCUCUCAAGGACUCGCAAACCGGUCUUGGAACCGCCGCCGUUGUGGUUAUGGACAAGUCCACCGACAUUGUCCGCGCCAUCGGUCGCCUCUCAUCCUUCUACAAGCACGAGUCUUGCGGUCAAUGCACACCUUGCCGUGAGGGUAGCAAGUGGACCAUGCAGAUGAUGCAGCGUCUCGAGCAGGGCCAGGCCCGCGAGCGCGAAAUCGACAUGCUCCAGGAGCUUACCAAGCAGGUUGAGGGUCACACCAUCUGCGCCCUUGGCGAGGCCUUCGCCUGGCCCAUCCAGGGUUUGAUCCGCCACUUCCGUCCGGAACUGGAAGCCCGUAUCAAGGAAUAUUCACAGAAGGAGCUGAACGGUGAGAGUCCGUAUGCUGGUGGCUGGCACCCGAACACCCGGGCGGAGGGCAAGCUGAUUUCCCCUGGCAUGUAA